UAAUGACUGAAGAAACAAAUUGUUUGCGACCAGCAACUGGUGGUGUUCCCGUUGUUGCCAGUGCUGGCGGUGAAUAUGUUUGGACGCAUCGUGAACCGUUAAUGCAUUUACAAAAGUAUACACCAUUCUUUCGUCUCAUUGAUUUCGUGGAGAAGACGCGCACCAAACGUUUCUACGAACCAGCUGAACGUUUCGAAAUACUAAUGUCCGCCUGUAUUCUACGACAUCCAGCACCGUUUUGUCAAAAUCGUCGUUUCCCCGAAGACUAUUGGGCUAAUCUGUCUGUCGGUCCCGUUGCGGAGGCAUUUGAUCGUCUUAUAGCCUCGUUGGAUAUACCCAGUCCACAGUUGUUGUCCCAGAUGAAUGCCUCCGAUUGGGAUAUAUGGAAGAAGAAAUUCGAUAAUGCCAUGUCGGACAUCAGACGUCUGUCCUAUUGUACCGAUUUGGAUAAAUUAGCCGAUAUUGGUAUUUAUAAUCGUACAACUUUCGAACAGCGUUUCAAUAUGCAAUGGCGUGAGUAGGAUAGGGCGGUUACCCAGAAAGGCGGAUGAAGGGCAAGGAGAAUUAUUGAAUAUUAUAUAUGUUGCUGUCCCAUAUGUGGGUCAAGUUUAAGAGAUGAUGGUGAUAUAGUUGUAGAUAUUAAGAGUAUGUUUAUAAUGGAUUAAGAGAGAGA